CCAGUGAAGAACCAUGGAGGAAGACAUCAGGAGAAAAGGGAUGCUUUAUUUUCAUCAGCAGCGCUUCGGCAAGAGAUGGAGGAAGGUGUGGUGCGUGGCGGUGGCGGAGGGCAGACGCAGCGUGUCACGGCUGGAGCUGUACGAGAACAAACACUCCUCCAUCAAACAGGGCUCCAGCAAACGCAAACCUGACUACAAACAGGUGAUCCGGCUGCGAGAAUGCAUCCGCAUAUCAGAAAGAGAGAUAGCUGACUGCCCCAAAGACUGCGCUGCCUUUUAUCUCGAGACCUCAGACAAACUUUACGUGUUCGCUGCUCAACAUUCAGAGCUGAAGGGCUGGAUCAAGAGUCUGUGCGAGCAGGCGUUCCCUGACACCGGGGCUGAACAAAGAUUACAGAGAGAGAGCUGCCUCUAUUCUGACCCUGUGAGCAGUUCCCACACCAGAGAAAUGCAGGAAAACUCACUUUAUGACACAGCAGAGAACGUUCAAGAUUUUCUGGUCAUGGCAGUGGGCACCGAGGCUGCUGUUCGGUGCAAUCUGUAUGGGGAAUAUAUCCUCACUCCCCUGCCGGACUGCUUAUUCCUGAAGGACAUUCAGACUAAGAAAGUGCUAUUCAAAUGGCCGUACUGUUACGUAAGGAAGUUUGGACAAGACAUGCUGUCUUUUUCCUUUGAGGCUGGUCGCAGAUGUGAGUCCGGCGAGGGGAAUUUCGAGUUUGCAACCCAUCAGGGUGAAAGACUGUUCAAUGUUGUCAGUGCAGCCAUCCAGAAUAUACCCAGACCCUCCACAGCGAAACCAAUCAGCCCUGACUAUGUAGAACAAAGUAUAGUUCAAGAAACCACGGGCAUGGAUGAAACGUACGAUUACACCAUAGGUAGUCAAGCAUCUGACUUUUUACCUGAGGGGAAAAUGCAGAACGUGCCUAAUCAUUCAUCAAAAAUGCUCAACCCCUUUUGGAGGAGCUUUUCUUUGAAUGCAGUUGAGCCACAAAGUGAAAGUCAAGUGACGAGCAUCGACACAGACCUUGAGAAUCAGGAACCCAUCUAUGCCACUGUGUCAAAAGCUCAGCUGAAAGCCACUUCCCCUACAGACCCUAAAAUGCACUGGCAAAACCUGAGAAAAGCUCUCCAGCAGUCUGUGUCUUUCCAAGACUCUUUCAAGACCGACGCUGACAUUUCGCAGUUGUCUGAUUUCGCGAUCCCCCGGGAAGAGGGUGACUUGUUGGGUGAUUCCAUCCAGCAAUUAGCAAUUAAUGACGCAUUACAGGACAUCAGUGCAGAAGCAAUUUAUGCAGAUCCACAGGACUUCCAAGCCAGAGCUGAGUGGAUUGUCAGUGCUACGUACGAAGAACCGGAGGAGGUCAUCAAGGCUAUUCAAAGAUCUCAUGAUGGGGCAGAGCACCUAGCUGAGCAUGACUCCUUCUACAGCCCUGACAUGGGCGCUACACAGGCCAUGGCUGCCCCCUCCAACACAGUCCAAAGUUCAGAUGGUUUGUUCUUAACUUAUGACAAUUUCAGGUUGAAGGGACAGCGAAUGUAACAUAGCAUGCUCAUUCCACAAUCAAAAUCAAG